UGGGGUGUGGCCACAGCGCCGCGGAGGCCUGCCAAACACAGCUAGCUCGAGAAAGAGCGAACAGUCUGUCUGGGGGACGAAAACAUAUCGUCGUCGGUCGUGCUGGCUUACCGCGUCAGUGAUUCUAUUGCCUGGCGCCUUGUGGACGCACUAGAGAUUGAUGGCCGCAACCGACAACGAUGUGGCAACUAGUGCUGUUGGGCUGGAUGAACGAGAGUUUGAUGAAGCAUUUCGUGUCUUCUGCAGCACUGGUAGCAGCGAUAACCGAAGCAUUGCUAAAACUAACUCCGUCCUCGUCCCUUUUCUCAAAUACCUACCCAACUGGGCAUUCUGUGACCAAGGAACAGCUAUUGGAGGUGGUAGCACCAGCCCUGGGCACCAACUGGCCCGGGGAUGAAGAUGUGAAGAGAGCAUUUCGUGUGUUUGAUAGUGAAGGACUGGGCUUCAUAAAGGUCACUCUGUUGAAAAGGUUCCUAGUGCAGUCUCAGCUGGGAGUGGAUGAUGCUAUCUUAGAACAGCUGAUACGAGAACACUGUCAUAUUGACGGUGAUGACCUUAUCAAUUAUGAAGAGUUUAUCAGCAGUGUUCAGAACAACUCCCUACAACCAACAUGCUAA